CUGCCUGGACUGUGCUGUCACCACCAUUCUCUGGGAACUCACCUGGCACCAUGAUGUCACUUCCCUCUGGCUGGACCCUGCGGCUCCUGGGGACCCUGGUACUCAUGCUGCCGCCUGGGGGAGCUCUCAGUUAUUGUGUUGAUCCACCUGACAUUCCCAAUGCUGUUCGGAAGUCUAAUGUUGGCACAUGGAUUCCAGCCGGGAUGGUGAUUAAAUAUGGCUGCCGCCCAGGUUAUAAGCUGAUCCCUGGAAGAAGGCAAGGGCAUGUUACGUGUCUUCAAAAUUCGACCUGGUCUUCAGCUCCGAACUUUUGUCAGAAAGUUCGUUGUCCAGCUCCAGAUGUUAACAACGGGAGACCGACACCGAUGCCUAGACCGGGAGAGGAGACCUAUGCGUUUGAGGACAGAGUUACAAUUGAAUGUGAUUUGGGGUAUGGUAUCAAAGGCAGGAUCAAUGGAAAUGCUCAGAUUCACUGCAAACGUGAUGGCACGUGGGCUCCUGCCGUACCAGUUUGCGAACCAGACACUCAGUGUCCAGUCCCACGUAUUCAACAUGGAAGCCUGAAAUCUCCACUUCCACAUAACUAUACAUACAGAACCAGUGUAACGUUUCAGUGUGAUCCUGGUUACAUCCUCAGGGGCGCUGAUAGGAUUCAUUGCCAAGCUGAUGGCAAGUGGCAUCCGCAGCUACCCGUUUGUGACCCAGCUUGUGAGCCACCUGCACGCAUUGCUAAUGGACAGGACAACCGCGGCCGGAAAUUUUUUUUCCUUGUUGGCUCAAGUGUGAGCUACUCCUGUAACCGUGGUUGGUCACUUGUUGGAGUAUCCUCCAUUCGAUGUACAGCUGGUGAUCGGGGAACUCCCCGCUGGGAUGCACCUGUUCCUGAGUGCAAAGGUUCUGUGUUGAACACAACUGGCAACUCUGCUGAGCCUCAAGGUGAAGACAUAAUUACCCAGGACAAACCCACAACUGUUCCUCCAAAAGGAGCAGAAGUAGCUGGUACUUCCUCAGGUUCUGCGCUGAACAUAGCUGGCAACUUUGCUGAGCCUGAUGAUGAAGGGCGUGUCCUAUUCAUUGCAAUAGGCAUUGGCACCGGUAUUGGUAUCGUAGUUCUUGGUGUAGUUCCUGCAAUUAUAGCAUCGGCAAUUUUGAAGAAAAAUAGGAUCAAGGUCGAUGUAGCUAAUGGCUUACAAAUUAAGACAUAAUAUUGGAAGAAAAGAAUGGAAAAGUUAGGAAAUAAGCUUCAUACAUUUGCACUGAAUUUCGGUAGUGAAAAUAGACCUCUCUCAGGCACUUUCACUACAACUUUUCUCCUUUGAACUGGACUUGUAAUUGGAAUCCACUGCAUUUGAAAAAAGCAAAAAGUAAAAGGGAAGUGGAUCAUCCCUUUUGUCUUUAAAAACUGGUUUCUGAAGCAAGCAAAGGCAGUUGGCAGCAUCAAAAUUACUUGCUGUUCUGUACACGCAGCUGGCUCCUUAUUCCACCUCUCCAUAGUGCUAAAUGUUUCACCUGUUAAAGAACAUGUUGGCCAUCUGAGUGUGCCAUAGUUUGGAUUGCGGGUUUUAGCUGCAGGUGGCAAGAGAGCCUGUUUAGAUGCCUGCUUACAGGCUUCCAUCAUGAUGUGCGCAAUAUUAGUCUUUAAACCCAAAUGUAAAGGUCUAAAUGGAAUGUUGUGGAUUCUUGAUGUGACCUUUCUUCAGAUUUAGUCUUCAGCUACAGAUGUUGAAGUGAGACUCUCUCUUCAGAUAAAUCCACCUUUUGUUCCCAGCUCUAUAACUUUGGUUUCUUUUUACAAAUUUGAUAUAUAGUGUUUCCCCUAAGAGAAAAGAGUGAAGUGUGUGAAUUUACAUGGAGUUCCAGAGACGUUCAAAAUACUCAUCACUGAGUUUUUUAAUAAAAUGUAAUGAAAAUAAGGUAUCCUGUUUCUUUCCCUACAAUCAACUAGCACUUUAUAAGAAGUAAGCAAUGAGAUCAAAAGUGUACUCCAUAGCAAGUUCUCCAGUGGUUUAGUGACUAAAUUUAAUUUUAUGUUUUAGUCUCCAAAAAAUGUCUUUGGAGGUCUGAAAACAAGUUUUUUAAAUUCAGGAAAUGGCACUCUCUGCUGGUAAGAUGGCGGUGAGUGCAAUCCAACACAUUAUUAUAAGUUAUUUUAUCUUUUAAAACAUGUUGUUUAUAUUCUUUUUUACAAUCACAACUGUGUUGAGUUUUGUUUAGCAAUAUGCAUAAAUCUUUCCACAGGUGGUGAAACUGUAACCGAAGAAAUUUGUGGGAUUUAUGUCAUCUUUUUUAAUGUAUUUUUCUUAAAUAAAAGGAAUACUGAAUGAAGACUCUAGUGUCCUGUGUUUUUUCUAUACUUAUUACUAUAAACUGAUUAUUUACAGGUGAUGUUGAAAUCUAGCCCUCUGUCCUGAUCCAGUCACUAGCUGCUAGCAGAACAGAAGAAAGUUUGAUCUUUUCCUCUUGCAAAGAAGCAUCUCUUUUCUAGGGUUCAGGGAUUUUUCCUGACAAAUGUAAAAGGGAUGUCAUCUUGUUGAAUAAUUCCUCUUUGUCCGGGGUCCCACAGGAUCUCUGUCAGGAGGAGAUCCCACUGCAGCGGAGCAAGCGAUGCUCUGGCAUCACCUGCAGCCACAACUUUCCCUUGGACCCUGCUUCCUGAUACAGUGACUGUUCAUACUGUGAGAAGCAGCCGGAAGUGGUGCUGUGGUGCAUUCCUUCUGACUAAAAUCCCUGAUGUUCAUCACAGGGUCACAGUCUAACAGGGACAAGAGCCUCUUGCUGGGGAUGCAUCUCCUGCUCUGGAGCAAUAUGGGAGGGAAGGGAGGGAAUAUGCAUGCUUCCCAUCCCAGUUCCCUGAGUCCAGACU